GUGGUUAAAGCAGGCAUGUAUGCCUUCAUGCUAGCUGCUAUUCUUUUGACUGUGCUGGGGAAUCUGCUAGUCAUCAUUUCCAUUUCUCACUUUAAACACUUGCAGUCUCCAACUAACCUCAUCAUCCUCUCCCUGGCUUUGGUGGACUGUUUGUUGGGCUGUCUGAUCAUGCCCUUCAGUAUGGUACGUUCAGUGGAAGGCUGCUGGUUCCUGGGUGACGUCAUUUGUAAAGUACACUCUGGUUUAGAUAUGACACUUUCUCUGGUGUCCAUUAUGCACCUUUGUUUGGUAUCUGUUGAAAGGUACUUGGCAAUCUGUGAACCUUUGACAUACAAGAUGACGGUGACAAACAGCAGCGUAGCAGUAUGCAUCAGCAUCACAUGGCUAAUUCCGUUUACGUAUAGCUUUGGGAUUGUCUUUUCCCAAGUUAAUACUGUAGGCUUGGACAUGCUUAUGCUGAAUCCAUGCGUUGGAAACUGUGCAUUAGUUUUUAACAAACAGUGGGCUGUUCUUGCUUCAUUCACCAACUUCUUCAUCCCCGGCUCCAUCAUGAGUUCUCUGUACCUCAAAAUCUUCUUUGUUGCAAAUAAACAAGCUAGAGUUAUAUCUGACAUGAUGGCUGCAAUAACCUCAAGUGAAGUGAAGAGUCAUUCGUCAGAGCAGAGGGAGAGAAAAGCAGCUAAAACCCUGGCUGUUGUUAUGGGGGUGUUCCUGCUCUGCUGGCUGCCGUUUUUCAUCGCUACUAUAACUGAUCCAUUCAUUGACUUCUCAACCCCUGUUGUUGUUUUUGAUGCUUUGGUGUGGUUUGGUUACUUCAAUUCUACAUUUAACCCUCUGAUCUAUGGCUUUUUCUACCCUCGCUUUCAGAGAGCUUUUAAGAUAAUUGUUUCAAAAUAUGUCUGUCAUCUCUGCAACUUCAGCAACUCAAUAUUCUGA